CGCCAUCUACAAAGAUGAACCGAAUAUAUCGAAAGGUCACAUCGUCACACGUAAAAAUAUUGUUCCAUUCUUAAUCAGAGGACUCUAUAAGACUUGUGCAUAUGUGAAUACGUUAUGUUAGUGUGCAUUACGUACGUAUGUAUUUAAUAAAGGCGAUAUUAUGAUGUAUCUACAGUUUGAUAUCAGUUGCGCGUAUAAAACCAUUGCAGUAGUAUUUACUUCAAACUUUUGUAAUAUUUAUUUAAUAAUGUGAAGUACUUUAAUCGAUGUUGAAUGUUCCGUUCGCGUUCAUUAUUUUUUCAAGAAACAGAAUCUUUGACAAAUCACUCGACUGUUUUUUUUACACAACUGAAAAAAAAGAUUCUGCAGAAAUACCCCUUAAUAAAGCAAGUAAAAUCAUCCACAUUAUAAGGGAAUGUACUUAAGAAAUUUGUUCUAUCAACUAUAGCCAAACAGUUAUUGAAGGAAUAUAAAUGUCUGUUUUGUCAAACUCAACAAAGCAAGUGUUACAAAGUCCAUCAUCCCUUUCAAUGGAAAAACAAGAUGUACAUACAACAAAGAAACAAGAAAAAAAGGUUGGGAGCGAUGGUAUAUCAAAUACACAAAGAGUAUGGACAAGCUUGGUAUCAGGUGCUAUUGCAGGAGCAUUAGCAAAAACGACAAUAGCACCUCUAGAUCGCACAAAAAUAAACUUCCAAAUCUCAAAUCAACCAUUUUCGGCAAAAGCGGCGGCUAGAUUUUUAAUAAAUACUCGUAAAACAGAAGGUUUAUUAAGUUUAUGGCGUGGGAAUAGUGCAACUAUGGUCAGAAUAGUUCCAUAUUCUGCUGUUCAAUUCACAGCCCACGAACAAUGGAAAAGGAUUCUGGGAAUAAAUGGGUCAGAAAGAGAAAAACCUGGACUAAACUUUCUUGCUGGUUCAUUAGCGGGUAUAACAUCACAAGGCACAACUUACCCCCUGGAUUUGAUGAGAGCAAGAAUGGCUGUGACACAAAAGGCUGAAUAUAAAACAUUGCGACAAAUUUUUGUACGCAUUUACGUGGAGGAAGGAAUAUUGGCCUAUUACCGUGGCUUUACUGCAACGUUACUUGGUGUCAUUCCUUAUGCUGGUUGCAGUUUCUUCACCUAUGAUCUACUCAGGAACUUAUUAAAUGUGCACACGGUGGCUAUUCCUGGCUUCUCGACAUCACUGAUUUGCGGCGCCAUUGCUGGAAUGGUUGCUCAGACUAGCAGCUACCCUUUGGACAUCGUACGGAGAAGAAUGCAGACCUCAGCAAUCCAUGGCCCGAUGAACAGCCAGCAUUAUCACACAAUUACCUCAACUGUCACAAAAAUUUACAAAGAAGAAGGUAUAAUGGCCUUCUAUAAAGGAUUGAGCAUGAAUUGGGUGAAAGGCCCAAUUGCUGUAGGAAUUAGUUUUGCAACACAUGAUUCAAUCCGUGAUGCGUUAAGAAAACUCAUAAUUUCUCAAAAUACUUCAUCAAAAACAUAAAAAGCAACAAAAGUAGCUAAUUAUAUAUUAACAUAGGGCAUCUAAUUAGAAAAAACAAGUAAAUAUAUUUUUAUCUGCUAAACAGCUCUUUGAAAUACAGAACUUGUGGUAGAUUCGCGCUCAAACUUUGUUAUAAUAUUCUAUUGUUAAUAACAGUUAUGUACUAAUAGAGUUUGUACAGAAAUCUGUCAAAUAUCUUAUGUACACAUAUAUAUUUAUGAUCAUGUAAAAGAAUUGUAAAAUAUAUCAAAGAACAUAUUCAAAAAACAGAA